AUGUUGAACAUCUUUUUGUUGACCGCCGCUCUCUUCUGGUCCUACGCGCUGGCGCAAACCACCUCAGUCGACGAUACCGGCUUCAAUCAAGGAGACAACGAAGCCGACGCUGAGCAAAAGAGCUGGUUGGAGCAAAACCAUCGCUACGUGUUUGUCAUUGUCAUUGGCGUUUUGGUGCUAGCAUUGCUCAUUUGGUACAUUGUUCGAAGCGUCAAGGGCAUGCGCAAGCGAUUAGAACACGACAAUGAAAAGCAGCUGUACAUGAUACAGCAGGCUACCGCAGGUGGUGGCGGUUAUCAAUCGCCCAUAAAUGAAACCAUCCCAGUGUCGCAACAUGGUUAUCAGAAAUUUGACUCGCCUGCGAACGCACCAGUUUACCACACGCAUCGCUAUUAA